ACUGGAAGAAGAUAAAAUCAUAGCAGAUGCAGAAUAAAAUCCAGCAUAGAGACAGCAGCUAAGCAUGUGAACAUGCAGCAUUGAGCAGAUACCGAGGAGAUCCAGGAAGAUCCAGGGCAGGUGCAGAUAUUACAGAAGGCUGAACUGGGAUACGUAAACUUCAUUUUGCUUCAUUCUGAUCUCUGUCGCCUGUGCAUGAGGCAAGUGCCUUUAAGGGAACCUUAAAAUAACAGCUCUGCCUGGGAGAUGUGAUGAAUGUAACAGGUGCAGAGAUUAUUUCCAGGCCAUGUGUGUGCGUCUGUGUGUAACAGCAAGAGGGGGAGAGAGAAAGCAGAAAAGGAGAGAGCACAUUGAUGUCCCUGCUGCGUCUCUGUAGCCAGUGAAACUUACAGCAGAUUGCUUUUCAGCGACCUAAAUACUAGGAGGAAAGAGAAGGAAUAACGGAGAAGAGAAGAGGGUGUACACCUAAAGGGUUAUUUUCAUCAAUUCCUGCAGUUGAAGGGAAAAAAAGAUUCUCUACACAAAUGAUGUGGCCUAAUUUUUUCAUGCAAGAGGAGGAGCAGCGCUUCUCGGGAAGAGGUAGAGGACAACGUGGAAAAGGCUUUACUGAUGCACAAGAAGGCAAGAUCAAAUUGGCCUUUUUUGUGGCCCUUGUGGGGGUGACAUUGUCUGUGCUGGCAGUUGGGACAGAGUUUUGGGUGGAGGUGAAUACUUAUAAGCAGAACCACAGUGUGACAUGUGAAGCUGCCCAUUUUGGGCUAUGGAAGUUCUGCUACAAGAAACUGUGGAUCUCGGAUGUGGAUGAGUACCGUGCAACCUGUGGCCCCGCAGAGCUGCCUGGAGAUUCUAACUGUACAUAUUUCAAGUUCUUUACCACCGGGGAAAAUGCGUACAUAUUUCAGCGUGUCACACAUAAGGAUCUAAAUAUUACUGCAGCUGUUCUGUCUCUUUUGAGUAUAACUUUUAUGGUUAUGGGAUCAAUAUGUAUCACUAUGGUUCUGAGCAAAGGAGUGGAGUUCCUCUUGAAGCCUGCAUCAUUCUUCUUCAUUCUUUCCGGUAUAUUUGUUCUAGUCACUAUGGCAAUAUUUCAUCAAGCUGUCGGCGCGCUAAUGGCAAGCAAUCACAACGUGCAGCUGGAAUAUGAAUAUUCAUGGUCUGUAGCCUGUGCAGCAGCAGCAGGAGCCAUCUUGAUAUUUGGUGGAAUAUGUUGCAUUUUCUUGGUAAUGCCAUCACUUCCCAAGAAGCCUUGGGAGUACUGCAUGAAAAAAGGAAGUAGUUCAUAAGACAAGAACCGAAGAUCACAAUUGUUUAAUCUAGCAAAUGAGCUACAGAACAUUCAUACAUUGCCGGGUUCCCAACAGUAACGUCCUUUGCAAAAUUGAGGACAGUUGUUUGUUUACGUCAUUGUAAUGUUAUGCACCUGAUCCAGAGAAACAGUCAGUACUGAGACUAAAGGAGUUGUGGCAAAUGCAAAGGAUGAGGCUUUACUAUAAGGACAGACUAUUUCUAUCCUAUUUUGGACUGGAUGUUUUAUUUUUCCUUUUGUACAUACGCUAUGUAGCAUCCAGAACUCCAUCAAUGUAUUUUAUUUGGGGAGGGUUAUUGUAUAGAAACUAUUCAUUUUUUGGUGUUAUAUUAUAUUGUGCUAUUAAAAGUUAUUUUUAUUCUGGUGAUUGCAUUUAACUACAGUGAUAUCUACUAUUUAAAUCUCCAUCUUUUAUGUAAAAAUGAGCAAAUAUGUUGUAAACCUAUCUGUACUGCAUGUUAACCAAAGAGAAAAUCAGGUACAUACUGACAAAAAAAAUGUGGAUUUUAGAGAAAAAAAAAAGCAUUUUUAUUUUGGAACAGAUUAGUGGAUGCCCAGGCUGCUCACAGAAAAGCAGAGUGAAAGUUGAAUGUGGAAGGACUGUUUGAGGAAACUCAAUUUAGAUUGUAACUCUGUAUAAUGUGCAUUACUUCAUGGAUCUUCUCCAGGUUGCAGACCUGAAAUUAAAAAACAAAAAACAAACAUCUAAUUAAUGCCAGAAAAUAGCAAUGUACCAAAAACACCUAACCAACAAGUAGCCCCACUUUCCCAAACAUGAAACUGUAAAUGGCAAUCUAUAGAUGUGAUUUACUGCCUGCCUUUGUUAGCUCUGAAGUUAGAUGAGCCAAUGUACUCCAAAGAGCUCUCCAAUUUGCCAGUACUUCUUCAUAUCAUUUUACAGUGGGAACCUUUUGUACUUUUGGGACUGUGAGGUAAGGAAGAUAUGUGCUGCUUCAAAAACCAAUGACCUAAAAAGAGGCUUUGCAACUACCCAUUUUGUACCUCUAGGUCGCAAUGGCUUAUGUAUUUUCCAUAAUAGCAAUGUGAAAGAAUUCUAAACUUGGCCGUCACUGUUCCUUAUCCAAUGAGGUGACCGGUGUGUGCUUUUAGAUGUAGACUGUGCUAAUUUAGUCUUUGCUUCUUUCCACUGGAGUUUUAUAACAUUAACCAGAGUUUACUAAACAGUCCUGUCAAGGGCUCAGCUCUGGAGAAAAAGCUUUUUUGCUGUCUUUGUGGUAAUGCUAACAUUUGCUAACACUACACAAGCCCAAUAAUAGCCUACUCUACGGUAGCUUAAAAUAAUUACCUCUUUUAAUUUAUCUUUACUUU